AUGGGCUACUCGGUGGCUGUGGACAGCCUGGAGGAACAGGAGCUGGCCAGGGAGCCAUUGCUUGUGUUCUACUGGCACUGGACAGGGAAAGUGCUGCACGAGAGUAAAAGCCUUGUCACUGAGGACCCAAAGCAUUGGCUGGAUGUUAUCUCUAUCUGGAGAAGCCUUCCCGGGUGUGAGGGGAAAAAAGGUGAUGUCUCUCAAGAAAACCCAUUGUCUCUGAAGAGACAAGAGUUCUUUUGUCUGCUUUGUCUCUUCUUCUCUGACAAAGAGACAAAUAUUGCAAGUAAAAGGCAGAAAGCAGAACAAGCGAGAGAGACUGUGUCUGAGGAAUGUCAAGCAGAAGCUGAAGAGAGGUGUGUGGUACCAGAGAGAAAGAGCGAUCAGCACUGCCGGACUGAAAGCAAGGCUUCCUUCAAAGUCCCUUCGAAAAGCAGCGGGGAGAAGCCUGUUGCGAGUGAGCAGCUUAGCUUCAGUUUGAGAGUUUCUUGUCGUUGUAGUGGAGCAGUUGCCAAAAUACUUCCUUCGCAGGCGAUGGGAAGAGCCGUUGGCAUAGCACUUAUGAAGUGGUUUGGGUGGUGGGCUGAUCUGCGGGACCCCGAUCCAGAGGUCGUGGUGCUUGUCUGCCAGAUGGCCUGUUGCUGCUUCCAGAAUUGCCCCCGAUAG